AUGAAAUAUGAUGAAAUUGUUAAUUAUUUAAACACACGUUAUGUAUGUCCACCAGAAGCUAUGCACAGAUUAUUCGAAUUCAAUAUGCAUGAACAAUCACAUACAACUUAUAGAUUAGCUGUACAUUUACCAAAUCAGCAAUUAAUAUGUUUUAAAGAAGGAUUAGAAGAAGAAGCAGUUAAUAAAUUUAAAAAUACGACAUUAACAGCAUGGUUCAAAUUAAAUCGAGAAAAUCCUGAAGCACGCAAGUAUUUGUACACAGAAAUACCACAUAAGUAUGUUUUCGUUGAAUCAUCAAAAACUUGGAAAAUAAGGGAACGAAUUACCAAACCUAUAAUUUGCCGCAUGUAUUUUGUAAGUCCGAAAGAUGUUGAAAGAUAUUUUUUGAGAGUCUUACUACUUUAUGUACGUGGUGCUAAAUCAUUUGAAGAUGUAAGAACAUAUGAAGGUAUUACAUACAAUACUUUUGUAGAAGCAGUGCGUGCACGAAAUUUGAUAGUAGAUGAUAGUGAAUGGGAUAAUUGUUUGGCUGAAGCUGUAAGCAUGAAAUUUCCUAAAGAACUUUGUCGUCUAUUUGCAUAUAUAUGUGUGUUUGGAUUGCCUGUGAAUGCAAUUGAUUUAUGGAAUAAGUACAAAGAACACAUGGUUUUUGAUAAUAAUGUACCUGUAGAAGUAGCAACUCAAAAAGCGUUAAUAUUAAUUAAUGAAGUGCUUAAUUUUCAUGGAUUUUCUCUAAAUAAAUUUGGUUUACCAAAUAUUGAUCAAAAAAUUAUCGACGAUUAUAUUUCUGUCGACAAGAAAGCUAAUGAACUAUCAUUAAAAUUGCUCAAAGAAGAAAGUGAAGUACUUAUUAAAAGUUUGAACAAUGAUCAGCGCAAAAUUUUUGAUGAUGUCAUGGCAGCAAUACAUAAUGAUGAUUGCAAAAAUAGGUACUUUUUUGUUUCUGCACCUGGUGGUUGUGGUAAAAGUUAUUUAGAAAAUACAAUUAUUGCUACUCUUGAAAGUCAAGAAUUAGUAGUUUUAGCAGUUGCUUGGACUGGUAUAGCAGCUAAUCUUUUAAGAGGUGGACGAACCUCACAUUCAGUUUUUAAAUUUCCUAUUCCAAUCAAUGAAGAUUCAACAUGUAAUAUAAGUAGAAUGUCAAAACACGCUGAACUUUUAAAAAAUGCCAAAAUUAUAAUUUGGGAUGAAAUUACGAUGGCACCUAAAUUUGCUUUACAAGCUAUGGAGACUAUGUUGCGAGAUAUAACACAAUGUAAUAAACCAUUCGGCGGUAAAGUUAUUUUGCUUUCAGGAGAUUUUAGACAAACUUUGCCAAUUAUUUCGCAUGGCAGUCGCACUCACAUUGUUGAGGUAUGUGUGAAAAAUAGUAGAUUGUGGGAUCUUUUUGAAACUAGGUCCUUACAUGUUAAUGUUAGAUUGGAUAAUAAAGAGGAAGAGUUUUCAAAUUGGUUAUUAAAUGUUGGUGACGGUAAAACUCAUUCUAUGUUUGAAAAAGAGAACGGUGUUUUAGAAAUUCCACAGGAUUUGAUUUCUGGCGGAAAUUUAAUAGAUGAAAUAUAUGGAUUGUCAAUAAAUCAAAAUGAUGUAUCUGUUUACUCAUCAUGCAUACUUUCAUUGACUAAUUCUGAAGUGUUAGAUCUAAAUGAACGUAUUUUGUUAAAAUUAGAAGGACAAGAAGUAGUUUAUUAUAGUGUUGAUUCACAUGUCGAUGACGACCCAAAAGAUGUAAAUAAUAUUAUUCCAAUAGAAUUUUUAAAUAGUUUGACACCAGAUGGUUUACCUCCUCAUAAAUUAUCUUUAAAGGUAGGAUGUAUAAUUAUGCUUUUGAGAAAUAUGAAUUUAGUUCAAGGAUUAUGUAAUGGGACUCGAUUAGUUGUAAAAUCAUUAUUGAGAAACGUAAUUUCUGCAGAAAUAAUUUCUGGAAAAUCUAAAGGUGAAAUAGUUUUUAUUCCACGUAUUGAUUUAUCUCCUUCUCAAGACACAUAUCCUUUCAAAAUGGUAAGAAGACAAUUUCCUGUUAGACUUGCUUAUGCCAUGACUAUUAAUAAAUCUCAAGGACAAUCUUUUGAUAGAGUAGGAAUUUAUUUACCAAUUUCAACAUUUGGUCAUGGUCAAAUUUAUGUUGGUUGUUCUAGAGUUAAAUCCAAGGAACAUCUAAAAAUUCAUGCUAUUGAUUCUGCUAUAUAUAAAAAUAUAGAAUUUCCUGAAAAGUUAUAUGUGAAGAAUAUUGUAUAUCAUGAAAUAUUGUAA